AUGGCUUCAUUCGAGCACUUACCUGACGAACUAUUAGUUGACCACCUUCUACCAAACUUACCAGUGCGCGAUGUACUUGCAUUAAGUGCCACAAAUCCCUACUAUGCCAAUCUAUGCAACGACGAGACGUUCUGGAAGAGGAAAUGUAAAGAGGAUUUCAACUUUCAGGGUUCGAGAACAGCGAGGACGAAAGGUUGGAAGUUUAUUUACAAGGGACUAAGUAAUCCCAAGGUCUUCGUUUGGGGGUGUAAUGCGAAUGGCAGAUUAGGAGCGGUGGGAUCUUUCGCAGGGCAUAGUCGAAAUGGCGUGCCAUAUCCUAAGCAACUAAGCUUCCCGAAGAAUUCUGCUAUAGUUGACUUGAUAGCGGGGGGAUGGUCAUUCCAUGCUCUGGAUUCUUCAGGACGUGUAUAUGUCUGGGGCACUAUGGAUGGAGAAAUGUUUGGUCUACAGAGUGACGGAUUUUCUCUGCCUGAGAAGGUUGCGGAGACACCGUUGCGCCUUGAACUUCCUGAACCAAUUCGAACAUUGAGUUGUGGACGCAAGCAUUCCAUGGCUAUGGACGCAAAGAACCAAAUAUGGACGUUCAUCUCAUGGGGAAGACCUUUUCGACUUAUCACACCAGCACUAGACUGUACUUCUCCGGAUUCAACACCAAUACAAGCAGAAUGUGGGUGGGGGUACAGUGCUGCUUUGGCUUCCUCUGGGGAUAUCUAUAUUUGGUGGCCACUCGGUGAAUCUAUUCAACAACAGUUUGGUGCGACAAUGGGUCAAAUGGACGCAGAGGGGGAUAAGCGUGCACAAGCAACAGCAGAAGGUACAAUUCCCUGUGUGACGUGGGACUUGCACUAUAACCCACAGAAACUUCCGGCUGUCCCCCAUCUUCCUGAAUUAUCGCACACGGGCCGAGUGAUGGAGAAGGAUGAAGAAGAAGAUACGAAGGUUGUCAAGAUUGCGGGGAUGGACGGGUUUUUGAUAGCACUGACAAACAAAGGACACGUCCUGAAGUUCGGUGGCCUGAGCAACGAGACAUUUGUUCAUCAAGCGCAAUGGGAAUAUCUUCCAAACUUCAGCGAGACAGAGAAGAUUCGGGCGCACCCCGCGUUUGCUGGCGGGGAGCGAAGAGAAGAAGGGAAGCCCGAUACGCUGGCUCCACCGGUAGAUGUACAAAUCACCCACAUUACAGCGCACUUCGACCACUUUGUCGCGUAUACACACGAGGAUAACUCUAUUGUCCUACAAGGGAACACGGACACGAGGGCGGACGAGGCGGCGCACGUAAUACCUGAACUGCAAUACAAGGCGAUCAUUUCGGUUGGUCUGGGCGACUAUCACAGUGUGGCGCUCUCUGCAGAUGGAAAGUUAUACUCAUGGGGUGCGUUCCAAAUGGGUGCACUUGGGCUUGGACAGCCGGAAGAACUACCUGUGGGUGCACCAGGCGGGUAUACCACACAACAACAAAUAGAUCGCGCAAGACAGGGAUACCGCGUGCAUGUUCCAGACGUUCCAGUACCGACGGAAGUGCGCUUCGACCACGACUUGAAGAAGAGAAGGGACCGGUUUUGUUUCGCUGCGACUGCAGCCGGUUGGCACUCCGGUGCAUUGGUGAUUGAUCUUGAUCCCGAGGUCAGACUUCUUCAAGGUUCUCGGAAUGUAUAG